AUGACGAUUACUAAAAAAAAUACCUUUAGUUUGCUUAUAAUUUCUGCAAGCUUUAUUUUAACUACUCAUGCUUUGCUUGAAAUUCCAUUAAAGUUUGACCGUGAAGAGAACUCCAUUUUAUUUAAUGCUAAUUUUGGAACUGAAAACUGCAAAAUAGAAGCAAAAGCUGAAUUCUAUUAUUGUUCCAAUGAAAUUGACUUUAUCAGAACAGAUUAUCGCAAGAUUUAAACUUGUGGUGCAGUUCCUAGUGGAACAACUACUUAUGGAGUAAAUGACUAUGAGGCUUAAUUUUAAAUGGGUAACUUCUAAGCCAGAGUUGUUUUUGCUCAAUACAAUACACUUGAUAACUUAAACUUAACUUUGUACACUAGAAGCUUAUGUUUUGGUAAAGUUAAUGAUGAUACUAAAUAAUUGUCACUAUUGAAGCAACUUAAUCAAGAAGGAUUGAUUUCUUAACCUAGAGUGUAUAUAACUUUUUUCAAUAAAUAUCUUUCAUAUUUUACUUCGGAUGAUAUUAUUGGACAAAUAAAUCUUGGUGAGCCAAAUCCAGAGUUUAUCAAAAAAGGUAGUAGUUUCGUGAAAAUGUAUGUAGAUAAAUCUGAUACUUACGUUUAUGAUUGUACAUUUUACUCAAAUGGAGAAACAACUUACUUUGGUUAAAAAAUUAGUGGCUAUAAAAAAUACUACAUUAAUUUUGAUUCUGCUUUAUCUUCAAUAGAUUUGAAUGUUUUUGAGUAAAUGCUUGCAAUUUUAAAAGAAAGAGGUUAUUAAAUAACAGUUAGCGGUAUCGGAAUUUUCAAGGAGUAUUAUAUAGAUACCAUUGAAGGUUUAGAACCUAUUAAGAUUACUAUACUAACUGAAGAUAUGAGUCCUUAUAUUCUAUCUUUAGUUCCUUCUGUUUAUACUAAAAAAAUUGUAGAUGGAAUUUAUAGAUUGAUGUUCAAAGUUAUUGAUGGCGAGAGAGCUUUUAUUAUUGGUAAUUAAAUUUUGACUUCCUACUAUUUUGCUUAUGAUGCAAAUACUCAAAACACCUUUUUUGCUGAAAGAGUUGAAAAUUUGAACCCUUAAUUGUUGGCUUAAAAAUCUGAAAAUUUUUCUAAAUAUUUGAGAGAAGAAAAGGUUUGA